UGCGCGUAGGUGUGUGCGUUGAACCCGAGAAGAAAAAUGGCUGCGGGACGAAGGGAGAGGUUGACAAAUCUCAGAUUCGCUGUUUGAGAACAGAAAGGUUACGACGGGGACGAAGCUGAAAACUGGCCUCGCCUGUGUGUGUGUGGAGGAGUCUGUCUCAGUAUGGAGUAUAGUGCCAAUUGCAGACUGGAUGACAGGGUGUGCCAACAAGCCUCAGAUGCUCACACACUGAUCACUGGCGUACAGUGACUGUUGCAGGAGACGUCAGCAAGAUUCCCUAUUUUCUAUGUUCUUACCUCAUUCAUUUCUUCUGUCAGGACUCCCUGUCUCUUGUUUUUGGACACUUAUUGUGACUUCCCCCACCCCUUUUCCCUCUUCUCUCCCUUUCUUCUUCUAUCUCUCUUCCCUAAUCUUUCCCUCUUUCCUGUUGGCCUCUUGAUUGAAUUUUGAUCUAUUUGUGAGCUAAAAUGAGUUGGCUAAGUCGUUUAAAUCCGAGGGCUCAGGGCACUCGGACCAGUCGACAUGCAGCCCCAUCCAGCCCAUGCACUGCCGACCCUGAGACUUGUCUUAUGGUGUUUCAGAACCACUGGAGACAGGUGUCAGGGGUGUUGAAACAGAGGGAGUCCUCAGUGGGAGGUAGCGCUGAUGAUCUCACAGCAGUUCGCAAUCACACAGAUCAGAUGCUGUGCCUGCUAGCUGAAGAGAGACCAGCAGAGGGAGACGGUGAAUCACCAGCAAUGGGUCCUAUUCUGGAGAUGGUGGAGGCAGAAAACAUAUUGGAGGUGUUGGUACAGUGGCAUGUGCGACGUGGCCUCGAUCCAGACAGCCAGCUGGAGCUGUUGAAGCUGUUUGAGAUGCUGAUUGGACAGUCCCAUCAGCCUCUGCUUCUGCACAGUGCAGUGCUGCAGCCACUGCUCUGCCUGCUGGGAGCUUGUCUGGACCCCCAGCUUGGCUGCCCUACUGCCCUGGAGUCCAGCCUUGUACUGCUACUAAAUCAGGUAUGUGUGUCCAUGGCAAAGCAGACUGCAGUUUUGGAGUUGUUAUUUAGGUGUGGGUCGGUACAGCAGGGUCCCACUAACCUGCUGAUCUUCUCCCUUUUGGUACCAUUUAUCCAUCGAGACGGAGCUCUGGGGCAACAGGCCCGUGACGCGCUGCUUCUCGUCAUGGCAACAUCUGCCAGCAACCACGCUGUUGCACGCCACAUCGCAGAGAACUCCUACUUCUGCCCAGUGCUGGCCACAGGGCUGAGUGGACUAUAUUCAACCUUGCCAAGGAAGAUUGAGGUACGGGGCGAUGACUGGCAUGCUUUGCGUCGAGAAGACUGGAUUGGUGUCUCUUCACUAGUGCUUUUCAUGAACAGUCUUGAAUUUUGCAAUGCUGUAGUACAGGUAGCACACCCUCUUGUGCGCUGCCAACUCCUUGACUACCUUCACAACGGCUUCCUGGUGCCAGUCAUGGGCCCUGCUCUGCACAAGUCGUCGGUGGAUGAGAUGAUAGCAAGUACGGCAUAUCUGGACUUGUUUCUACGCAGUAUCACUGAAACUUCCCUUCUUAAGACCUUCCUGCGCUUUAUUCUGUUGCAUCGCCAUGACAAUGACACAAUCCUCGACACACUACUCACGCGCAUCAGCAGCAAUUCACGGCUGUGCAUGGUCUCUCUCAGUCUGUUCAAGACAUUGCUCAGUCUCAACUGUGAAGACCUCAUGCUCCAGCUUGUACUCAGGUAUCUGUUGCCAUGUACACAUGUAAUGCUGAGUCAGCGGAGGGCGGUUAGAGAAACGGACCUCUAUGGUAAAUCAGCUGACAAGUUCCUUUCCCUCAUACCAGAAUGCUGCAGAAUCACUGCAAUGCCCUCUAGUGAACUGGAUGAGGAACCUGCCUUUUGGGGCAAGGUAUUGGGUAGUCCCACUACAGAGUCCCCAGUUCACCCCAGACCCAGCACUCCAUCCCGCCUAGCUCUCUUUAUUCGACAGCAAAGCUCGGGAGUCCCAGCCAACCCCUCAUCUGGCUCUGAGGACACCCCCUCCUCUCCUCGCGGAAGUAUUUCAUCCCCUCUGUCUCCUGACAGCCCUAUGCACCAACUCUUAGAUGCUUCAGAGGGGGAGACUGGCUACCUAGAGUAUCUGCAUGAUGCUCGGAGAGGCAUUGAACUCUGCUACUGGGCCUGUCGAGACUGGUCAGCCCCUUAUGAUGGAGAAAAUCCCUCUCCAAACUCAGCUCCUCCACCUCCUCCCCCUCCUACGUCCAACCCCUCCCUCAAUAUGGUAAAAGAGCAUUUCUCCCUAACAGACGCCUCCCAACAGAGGGCAGCAGUGAUGGCUACAGCACAUGCUGAAUGGAGUAGCUCAGAACAAGAUAGUGGUGAGUGGGAUGUUACCAUCAACAAAAACUGCAUCAGUCUCACACCCCGCAGCAAGAAACGCAGCCUUCUCCCCAGCUCUAAACCCCUACAGUCUUCGUUAUCUUCCUCAUCAGUUUCUACAGAGAAAACAGGUGCUAUGGAAACUGUAUCCCAGCACUCGUAUUCUACACCUCAUCCAGCACUCUACAAUGGGAUGGGGCAGGUGGAGUUUGCAGACACUGUGGAUGAAAGAAUGAAGGUUAAAAAGGUAAAGAGAGAGACCGAUAUAAAUAGCGAAGUGGCAGAAUCGGUGCAGAACGGAUCGGUGGUUAUGGGCCCAAUUGAUGCCAGUCUUCCCUACAAUGAUUUUAAUGUAGGAUCGAAACUGAAAUCAUCUCAAGUGCAAAUGAACCCACAACCGCAAACAACCCUGCCCUCCACUUCACAAGAGUGUUUACAAAGUGAUGGACAGGGAUCUUCUUCUGUUCCUGGCUUGACCGAGACCUCCUCAGUGACCAGUGACAGGAGGGGCCAUGAGUCUGUUGAGCGUCUGAUUGAGGAGUUACUGGAGCGGGCACCAUCAUUGUCUGGUGAUUUUAAAUGCCAGGGCAUCAGCAUUGAGGCUUUUCAUCAGGAGCUAAGGGAGCUGGAGGAACGUGUAAGAGAGCGGAAGGUUCUUUCACACAGCUUUGAAGAGUCCUGUCGGGACUUCCGUACUGCUGCUCCCAGCCUGACAGAUGAAGACUCUCUUCCAGUGGAGAUUGAGCAGCGGUCCAGUGAAACCAAGCCUGAAAGCUCUACAACUGGGGUAUUUAGCCCCACUCGACUCCUUGGACAACCUCUUGCUCAACCGUACACAGGUCCAUUUAUAACGGUCCUGUUCAGUAAACUGGAGAAUAUGAUGCAGAACUCCCUGUAUGUGAACAUUUUACUGACGGGUGUUGUGUUCCAGCUGGCCUGUUACCCUCAGCCUCUCGUCCGCUCUUUCCUCCUCAACACCAACAUGGUGUUUCAGCCCAGUGUUAAGUCACUUAUACAGGUGCUGGGAUCUGUAAAAAACCGCAUUGAGGUGUUUGCAGCAGCACAUGAGGAUUUCCCUGCCAUGUUAAGAAAAGCUCACCGCUUUUUGGUUGCAAGAGGAAAGUUAGACAGUAUAGACUCACCCAUGGGAGCUCCCAACCUCCGCCGGUCAGACUCAUCAAUUAAAAGUCGUAAGCCAUCUCUAGGCGAUCUUAUCCUGAGGCACACCAACAGUCCUACAAGAGCUCGGCAUGCAGCUCAGUUGGCCCUGGCCCAUGUGAGGGAUGGAGGGCAAUCUCUGCAUAGUGCUUUGUUCCGGGGUGGCAAGGGUGGUGGAGCCUCUGGCCUAGAGAAGCAGGCAGAAGCACUAAGGGUGAAAAAUGCAGUCUACUGUGCUGUCAUUUUCUCAGAAUUUCUCAAAGAGCUGGCAGCUCUUGCACAGGAGCAUGCAGUUGCCCUGCCCUUUCCACCAAGUCAAGGCAUUGAGGAAUAACUAAAACCAGACCAGUUGUUUCCUCUAUACCUUCUUUAUCCACUGUUCCGGCAUUGAGCUGUAGACUAAUAGCCUGAGAUUUUUCAAAGUUGUGUUGUUUUUUCUUCAAAGAAAUGUAGGCUUACAAGGGACAACUGUGCACUCAAAGAGAGGAAAAGUCAAAAGUGGAGAGAUGUCAUCUCUUGUUAAUAAUCUCAUGUUCAUAAUGUAUUUUUUUUAUUAUUAUAAAUGAUCCAUUAAGCUUUAGGAAAUUGUUCUUAUAAAUCUUGUAUAUAGUCUAUAUAGAAUAUCUAUGUGUAUAAUGAUUUUGUACUCUCAGAGCGACUUGCAUCCUUUCAGCUGGAGGAAUUUGGCCGCAAACUUGCACCCCCUACUUUUCUAUGUAAUUUCAGAGACUAGUUAAAGUAGACUCACUACACACAAUCUUUUUGGGUGUGGAAGUGCCAUUUUUUUUUUUUUUAGCCAUUUUGGAAACUUAAUUUGUCUAUUAUAGAAAAAUGUGUCUGAAAUAUCACACCAAAAUAUCUUGCAAAGAAUCACCUGCCAUUUUUAAAGGGUACAAUUUCAGAAACGUACUACUUAGUGUUUUCCAAUCACAUGCUGGACAAUAAGUCCUUAGUUCCUCAGCAGGAUUUGACCCUUUAUUGAAACAUCUAUGAAGAUCCAUCAGUUGCUCAAAUGACAAAAUACUGAUUUUCAAUCUCUAGCACAUCCUUUUCUCUAGCUAGAGUAAAGUUGGUGUCAGUAAAGUGGGAGGAAGGUUAACAAUGAUUUCCUUUGCCUACUCCCUAAAAAAAGCCAAAAAGAAAGAAAUAAUGACAAUUGAUUCACAGUUUGUUUAGAAAGUUUAAUUUCUUUUUGCUGUCCCAGCUCAUUACAUAUCAUGGUCUGGUGUAAGAGUGUUGGCCAUGUUGGGGGAAUAAAAAUAAUAGUACACACCCAGCAUGGCAUUAGAGAUACUCUUCAGUUUCAUGAAAUAGGUUUAUUAGCCUGCCCACAAAAGACUCCUCCUAAACUGGAUGUUAGCAUUGUGAUGACUUCACUCUUGGUUACUGACUGGGUGCUAAUGUCUUAAAUAUGUGAAUGGUAUGCGCUAAGGGAAGUUUGAUUAUUGAUUGCCUGUCCCUUUAAGGAGUUAGCCAAGUUGUGUGAAGCCAUCAUAAGCCAUCUUGGUGUUAGAACAGUGUUUUUUUUUUUUUUACAUUUACUUUACAUUUCUUAAUAUGCUUGUGGUAUUGAGUAUGAUCAGUGAGAUCAGCCAUAAUGUGUGCAUUGUGAACAACAGCCUGUUUCACUUUUAUGUUGGUUUUAAGUUAUUGCCAAAACACUUUUGACACUUUAAUGCUCGGAGAGGAUCAUACAUGCAUUUUGUGAGCUCUUUUUUUUUUUUUUUAACAUUACAGUAUUGUUAUUCUCCCUUUUUGUAGAUGCAUGUCUUGAGAAACAUUUAAAGUAUAUACCGAGAGAAAUGUUCAUUUAAAAAUAAUCCAUCCAGGAUCUCUUAUCACAUUCAAGCCAUUAGCUUAUUACCUCACUUACUAACCUUUGUUAUUUUCAAGCAGUGUUUUGCUGCUUCAAUUGUUUAAGUUCAAUUAUUCUGUUUAAUUGAAUUAUUUCACGAGGAAAAAAUCAAAACGUUUUUUUUUUCAUGGUUUCCUCUAGCUGCUAAUUCUAAUUCAGUCUACCCAUCCAUUCCUGUCCUUCAUGUUCUGUGCAGGAAAUGAGUUGAUUAGAUCUCUUUAGUUUAAUACACGAGAUGUUUAGGACGGAAAUUCCAUUGAGAGUAAUGUUAGUGUGUGGGGGGGGGGGGGGGGAUCAUGCUUAAAUUAGGCAUCCCUGAAGCAUGUUAAAAAUACACUCUUAUGAGAGAACAGGCAAAGAGCUAGAGGUUCAAUGAUACGGUACAUAGAUAUUAGUGUUUAGUCAUCUCAUGGAGACAGCGGGAAUAACACUGUUCCAUUUGAUUUCUAAAUUAGAAAUCAAAUAUGCACUUUGUGUGUUUGUUUUUAGAUACCAAUGCACAAAACAUGCCCAUUGUUUUGAGGAUGUUAUUGUAUGCCUUUGGUGCAGAUAGCAUGUUUUUCUUUUUAUAUACAUACUUGAUUUAAGUGUUUUAUAUGAUUUUGAAAAAUCAAGAGCUUAUUGAUUGUGUUUGCAUGUUAGAGGAAAGUAAUUUUUUGAUGCAUCAAUAUGCAUUAUCAAAUAUUUAAGUUGUUGAUUUUCUGUUUUUCUAUAACCUCAUGUGUUAGAAUGGCAUGUUAAUAUUGGAAAGGACUUCUGCUGCUUGUUAUCUAUGCAAACUGGUUUCAGUUUUUUUUGGAUAAGCAAAGAUGGUUAAACUUUGGGAAUAUACACUACUAAAUUGCAAUCUGGAACACCACUUCAAUGAUCAUCCAAUCCCUUCAUUAAUCUUCUGGACUGUAUGGAAACUCAUGCAAAAUGAUGAAUGUUAUCAAAACUAUUUUUCUAUAUUUAAAAUGGAGAAGAAAAGUGGAACUGAAUGGAGAACUUAAUCAACUGUUAAACCUUCAGAGAGAAAAAAAAACACUAAAAGGGAAUGUUUUUAUUAAUUUAAACAUUUUAAACCUGGCAAUACCUCUGGCUUCUUAGUCUUUAUUUCAAAAGUGUUUGAAAAUUGUGGGUACUGUGUUAAUUAUGUUCUGACAAAAUGCGGUUUAUUUGAAUAGAUUUAAAGACUUAAUUUAUGUCGAAUGCAAACAAAAUGAUCUCCUGUAUACACUUCAGCCUCUGGCUGAUUUUUUGCUUUGACUUUAGCAUUGGCUGUAUGUGUAGUUUGUGAAUGACACAAAGUUUAUGUUGACUACUGUGCAGACUGGUUUUAAUUGGCAAAUGAAGCCUUAAAGGAAUGAAAAUACGUUAAGCUCAAUCGAAAGCAUUUGAAUCGAGGUUCCAGUAAGGCACUUACAAACCUUUUCUGUAUAAAGUUAAAGCCAAUUGUACAACUUUGCUUCCAUGACUGUGUAAUGUUAACAAAUCCUAAAACAAAUUUACAGUGCAAAUAAUACACAAGUUUUAACAGAAGUAUUAAUGCAAGUGUUUUUAUAAAAUUAUUAGCGUCAUAUCUGUAUUUAAUCACUCCGAAAUUGGCUACGUUCACUUCAAUUGUAAGUGCCUUGCUAUAACCUCGAUUUUUGCUUUUAUUUAUUUAUUUUUUUAAAGAAAAGGAGGAACGAGUCUAAAUACAUUUUUGUGGUAAUCAACAUUAUGCCACAAAUGCUUUCGAUUGAGCUUAACUUGUAUUGAACCUGAACCAUUACUUUAAAUGUUGCCUUGUUAGAACAUGAUCCCGAUUUGUUCUGACCCAUUACGUUCCUUUACUUCCUCAUCCUCUAACAGUGGAGGUUGUUCCAACCUGUGCAAAAAAUAUAAAAAAUGCUUUGCAGCAACUUAAUAAUCGGCUGCUAUAGAUGCUGCGGAGUAAAAUGGUGAACAGGUAGCUGUUACUAUAUGAUGGACUUUAUUGUGGCUGAAAUGCUGUAUAAUUAUAGUUUUAUAAUUAAAAUUGUAUUAAAUUAGAUCAAAGUCAGAGUAGGGUUUGCCACUUCACAGGCUUUGAUAAAGAGCAUGUUUGAUUUAGUUUAUCCAUGAGUGUUACUAUCAAACAUGUACUAAAUUGUAGAUAAAGUACAUGUAUACAAUAUACAUGGUGCAAGCAAUUUUUUGAUGUCACUACUAGGCUACUUGACAGUCACUGGAGGGGUCCACAUCUUUUAAGUAGACAAGAAAUGCUCUGUGAAUAUGAUCAAUGAUCUAUUGUUUAACUGUUACUAAUGACAAAUAAAAAUAAUGCAGGCAUACUGAGACUUUUUCAGGGUUCACAAACAAAAUUCAAAGUUGUAGACUUUGUCAAAAAGCAGUAUUUUAACAGACUUAGUGAGGCUGUUGGAUAGAUUUUGAAAGGUGAAAUUUGUUUUGUAUUUUUGAAAAGUUUCUUAAUAAA